AUCAGAGAGAGUGCAACACUGACCAGAGAUGUGCUGGAGCAGCAUUUUACUGAUUUGAAAGGGACCCUGCAGAAGCUGUUGGAUGAGAGGCUGAUGUCACUGCUGCAGGAGGUGGAUGUGAUAGAACAAGAGAGCAUCAAGCCCCUGGAUGAGUGCCAGAAGCUGAUAGAGCAUGGAGUCAGCACAGCUGAUGAUGUGCUCCGGGAAGGAGAGAGUGCAGUCGAUGGAGAUGUGGGACAACAGAAUGAGAAACUCUGCAACUUCACAAAGAAAGCUUUGCAUAUUCAGCUAGACAGCUUACCAGAAGUGCCCUCCUUGGUUGAUGUGCCUUGUUUAUCUGCCCAGCUGGACGACUGCCUCCUUACUAUACUGAAAAAUCAAAUAUUCAGGCAUGGAACUGUGGCAUCUCGCCCACCUGUACAGCUGGAGGAGUUUGUGGAAAAGCCUGGAGGGAUUUUAGUCCGAUGGUGUAAGGUGGAUGAGGAGUUCGUUGCCCAGGACUACAGGCUGCAGUACCGUAAGGGCACUGCCAGCCCCUUCGAGGACGUGUAUGUGGGCUCAGAGACAGAGUUCAUGGUGCUGCACAUCGACCCCCACGUGGAGUACCAGUUCAGGGUGUGUGCCCGCGGGGACGGGCGGCAGGAGUGGAGCCCGUGGAGUGUCCCUCAGAGCGGCCACACCACGCUGGUCCCGCACG